AUGAUGAUAAUAUGGAGCUUGUGUUUAAUCUCUGAUCUUUCUAACUCAAUACUUGUUAUUGCUUCUCCUUCUAAACACUUGUGUCUUCCAGACCAGAGGGAUGCUCUUUGGGAGUUCAAGAACGAGUUCUAUGUUGAUUCCGAUUGGAGGCCUUGGGCUAAGACGACAGAGAAGUGGAUGAACAACACUGAUUGCUGUUCUUGGGAUGGUGUCUCUUGUAAUCCUUGA